AAUAAAGAAAGUCGAUUUGUGUUUCGUUUUGCGCUGCACAAUACAACAUUUUCGUUUGAAGUUUAUUUUUUGUUGUUGUUUUUAGUUUAAGAAUCCAUUCCGUGACCAAAUCAUUCGAAGAGAAUUUAUCAAGUUAGUCGUAAAUUGUAAGAAAAUUUCGCGUGAAAAAUGUCUGGAUUUUCAUUUGGAACGCCACAACCAGCAGCGGGCACAGGUUUUGCAUUUGGCGCUUCAAACACACAACCAGCUGUCGCUUCACAGGCACCCCCAUCGUUUGGUUUUGGAACACCAGCAGUCACAGCCAUUCCAACGCUGGGAGCGACUCCACAGCUUGGCACAACACCAACACUUGGAUCAUUCGGAACACCAACACUUGGUGCUCCGGCAGCAACAGCAGCAGUAGCACCAACAGCAUCAGCAGCCGCCACUGGAAUAACAUUUGGUACCAGUGCACCACCGUACGGAGCAACUCAACAGUCAACAUCAGCUGCCGCACCAUCGUUCAGCUUUUCAACGGUGACGAGUGCACCAACGCUUGGUUUGUCAUUCGGUACACCAGUGACAGCAACAACGGCCGCAUCACAAGCACCGACUCUAGGAGCAUCAACGUCGGCAGUGGCAACGACGACGGCGGCGGCGCAAAACGUUGCCCCAGCAUUUGGUGGAUUUGGUGCGAGUGCUGCAACUACAUCACCAUGGAUCGGCGGUGGAUUUUGUUCAACAACGACAACAACAACCGCAACAGUAUCAAAUAGCAGCAGUACACAGAAAAUUGGUUUGGGAGGUGUCGACAUAAAUGCGGCCCAACCGAAAACGAUUGAGGGUCAAACGGAUAGUGCCAAAGUGAAGGAAAAUCAAUUGCCGCAGGAAAUAAUUGCAACAGUUGAUUCGCUAAAAGCGUAUACCAAUCAACAAAAAACAAUCGGUUCGGAUAUUGUGCGUGCAUCAUCGCGUAAAAUCACAAAUGUCAACAGUGAAUUGGACACAUUGAAUUGGGCAUUAGCCGAGAUUCAUUCAAAUGUCGAAUCGAAUUUUGCCGCAAUCAAGCAAUUACGUGCGGAAACAAAUAAAGCGCGUCAAGAGGCUGAAAUUGCACAGCGAACCCAUGAAACACCGGCCGGUUUACAAUUUGAAAAUACCGCACCGCUACAAUACUUUAUGGAAUUGGUGCAAAAAUUCGAAUCCGAUAUGCUAACCAUACGUAAGCAGCUCGAAUUAACCGAAACCCACAUACGAUCACUGACCAAUCCGCAAACAUUUACGGCUGACGAUUUAAAAAAAGGACUACAGCAAAUCCAUGAAUGCUUCGUUGCGUUGGCCGGCCGUUUACAAGAGACUCAUCGUGCGGUCGAAACACAAAACGAGCAAUUCAUCAAUUUGAUGAAACAUCGCGGUCGCGAUAAGGUGAAUAUUUACGAUGGUGGUAAUAAUAGCGCAGCUGAUGGAUCACAACCGAUCAUCCAACAAAUUGCAUCCGGAUGCCGAGCAAUUAUACCGAAUGUUGCAUGCGGCCCAACGCCAUUCUCAUCAUUUCGCAACGAACCAGCACACGGUAUGUUCCGAAAUUCCGCCGAUCGAAAAGAAUUUCCCACACAAAAAUUCUGAGGAAAAUCAAUUUGAAACACAAAAAUAUAGACAAAAAAAUAACAUAUUUCAAAUUUUGUACGAUUAAAUACUUACUUACGUUGUUGUGAAUAAAGCGAACUCAUUGAUUCCAUUUAA